UGACUUUUCGGGUGUUUCCAAAAAUUGUUUGCAAUAUACGCCAUCUAAGUUGGUAUAUUGCAUCUCUCAUGAAGCAUUAUAAAGAUUUAUUCUGAAGUUUUAAGCAUAGGAUAGUAGAAAUUAUAUACUUAUAUCUUCUGAUUUUGUACUAUUACAUUAAGUGGAAUGGAGCGAAGUAUUCAUGAAAUGUUAAAAGAUGCUCCAUCUUUAAAUGAUAGUGAUAGUGCAGUUCAUAGUGGAACUCCUCCACCUCAUGUACCAAACAAUUGUAAUAAUGAUAGUCAACCUAGACCAGCUACAAUAAAUUUAACUUUGGGUAGUCCUACAUCUCAAAUGUCUAUAACAGUAUCUCCAAAUACACCUAUUCAAAAUGGUGAUACACAAACAAUGCGUACUGCUCAAAGUAAAAUUGAAAGCAUUAAAAAUUGGAGUAUUUCUACAUAUAAGUGUACAAGACAAUUAAUGUAUGAAAAACUUGGAAAAACAUCCCGUACAGUAGAUUCAGAACUUGAAACUCAAAUUGAGUUAUUAAGAGAUACUCAAAGAAAGUAUUGUAAUGUUUUACGGUUAUCAAGAGCAUUAGCUUCUCAUUUCCAUCAUGUUGUUCAAACUCAACAUGCUUUAGGAGAAGCAUUCUCUGAAUUAGCACAGAAAUCUCCAGAAUUACAAGAAGAAUUUUUAUAUAAUUCAGAAACUCAAAGAAAUUUAACUAAAAAUGGUGAAACAUUAUUAGGGGCCUUAAAUUUUUUUGUUUCUUCAGUAAAUACACUUUGUAAUAAAACUAUUGAAGAUACAUUAUUUACAGUACGGCAAUAUGAAACAGCAAGAAUAGAAUACGAUGCCUAUAGGACAGAUCUUGAAGCAUUAGCACAAGUAACAAAAAACGAUAGUAGCAAUGCAGCAAGAUUAGAAGCAGCACAGGCUAAUUAUGAAGAACAUAAACAAAAUUUUGAAAAAUUAAGAUCAGAUGUUUCGAUUAAACUUAAAUUUUUAGAUGAAAAUAGAAUCAAGGUAAUGCACAAACAAUUAUUAUUAUUUCACAAUGCAGUAUCUGCUUAUUUUUCUGGAAAUCAAACUGCACUGGAAGCCACACUGAAACAAUUUAAUAUAAAGGUUAAAUCACCAAAUUCAUCUUUACCAUCAUGGCUUGAACAGUAGUUACAUUAGAAGAAAUAAAUUUAAAUAAUCAGACAAACAUGAAUAAAAAAUACAUUCGUCCAUACGAAUUUUUCCUCAAAAAUGAAAGGGAAUUACAAAAUAGAACGACU